AUGCUACUGUUAUUUUUAAUAAUAAUAUUAUACGUUAUCUGCACUAGUUGUCCAUAUCUACAUGGGUUGCAGUGUGAUAUAUGUGGACGGCAGUGUCUUAUUCCGGAUAUGCCUGAACAGUGGAAGGAACAUAAAGAUGAAUGUAUAAUGUUACUUGAAAAAAAUAUGGAAUACUCUUUUGCUGUUCAGAGAAGCGAAGGUGUAUCUUGUAGUAUAUGUAUGGAAGAUGUAACUGCAAAGUCUUCAAGGACUGAGCGUAGAUUUGGUAUAUUGGUAAAUUGUAAUCACCCUUUUUGUAUAAAUUGCAUAAGACAGUGGCGGAGUAGUACAAGCUACGAUAACACGAUAAUAAGGGCUUGCCCGAUAUGCCGAGUACCGUCACCUUUUGUAAUCCCGAGUGAAAUAUGGAUUGAAGAUACUGCUGAAAAGAACCGGUUGAUGGAAGAUUAUAAAACCAGUACUAGCCAAAAGCCUUGUAGAUUUUUCAAUGAAGGGAAUGGAACUUGUCGGUUUGGAUCGCAUUGCUUUUACAGACAUGGUAGGUGA